AUGGGUACUAGAAAAGAAGAAUCUGAGAUGCAAGCCCUCGUUACCUCCGCAAAAACCCUAGGGCAAGUCUGGAUUUUAAUCAACAGAAAGCAUUUGCUUGAUGCUUACCUUCUCAAACACACUGCUCAGAGAGAUGUGCCUUUUUAUGGCUUUGUUCAGCAACCUGCGAUGAUGCUUAGACCAAUAAAUUCAGUAACCGAACUCUGUGGGAACGGCGUAACUAUUCUACAAUCUAACGACAUAUCCCCUAUGGAAUCUUCAUCUACCGCUGCCACAACUCCAACGGAUGAUUCAAAACAAAACUUAACCCUAGUUACCAAUUCAAUUGAGAAAACAUUGGGUAUCCUCCACCAGCUCGACCUCACUGUCUCCUCUAACAAUGUGGCAUCCAAAUUACCCCUUCUCCGGGCCAUGAAUAAUUUAGUGUUGGAGUUGGAUAAUAUGAAGAAAUUAGCGGACAACUGUAAUAUUCAGGUGCCCAUGGAGGUUAUUAAUUUGAUAGAUGAUGGGAAGAAUCCAGAUGAAUUUACACGGGAUGUGUUGAAUAGUUGUGUUGCCAAAAAUCAGAUUACUAAAGGCAAAACAGACACCUUCAAGAGCUUUAGAAGUCAUCUGCUCAAGGAACUAGAUCAGACAUUUCCUGAUGAAGUUGAAGCUUAUAGGGAGAUACUCGCAGCUUCUGCAGCUGAGAAAAAAAAGAUCAUUACGAAGAAGUAUGAGAGAUCGUUGUUUGAGUCUUCAGAACUGGUUGCUGUUGGUGUAGUCCCAGUUAGAAGGAUUUUUUCCUUCGUCAAGUUGCAGAUUCCAGCUCUAACUUUGUCAAGCAAUAUAUCCUCAGAUCCUUUUUUGUUUGUCUCCGGGAUCCUCGGCAAACUGAAGGAGUACAUUGAUGAUACAGAGGACUUCAUCAACAUUCAGCUGGAUAAUGUUGGAAACCAGCUGAUACAGUUCGAGCUUUUACUUACUACUGCAACAUUUGUUGUUGCAAUAUUUGGUGUUGUUGCUGGGAUAUUUGGCAUGAACUUUGCAAUACCAAUGUUUGAUUAUCCAGGAGCAUUCAAAUGGGUUCUGAUGAUCACUGGAGUCAUUGUAGGUUGCACAUAG